AAAAUAACUGUACUGCAACAUUCCUUCGUUAAAGUAGAUUUUACAUACAUUAUACCUGUAAUUAAUAUAUUUAUUCAUGGAGAUACACUUAUACAAGUCAUACAGACAAACUUGUACUUUGUUAUAUUGAUUAUAUGAUUUCUUAAUGGGAUAUUAACAAUUAUAUUUUAACUGACAAUGCGCACAAUUUUUUUAUUACAUAAAAAUGAAGAAAACGAACAGUUAAAAACAAACGUUAGAUGUGUUAUAAGCCCAUAAUUUUGGGCGGAUCUAAAUCUUGCACACAUACCACAUACAAACACAUACGAAAGAAAGAGUUACAUUUCUUAAGUAAGGAAAUUGAUACGAUAUUUUGCAAAUAAAAUAUUUAAAAAAGAAACACAACAUAAAUAUAAUAAUAUUAGCUUUAUAUUGUGAUAUAAUUAUUAUGGUGCGCAAAUAUACUUCAAUUUAGUGUAUCAUAAAUCAAACUAUAAAAUAUUGGUUUAGAUCAUAGUUUACUGUUCCUGCAUCUACUACAGUUGUAUAUUUAUUGUACAUACAAUAUUUUAAAGUUAAGAUUAUAAUUAUAUACAUAUUAUAUAAAUAUAUAUAUAUAUGUAUAUGUAAUGCAAAAUAUAUAUAUGUAUAUAUAUAUGUAUAUAUAUGUCAUUAAUAAAAAUGACUGAUCACCGUAACACCUUAGCUCCUUUUGUACAGGAAACUCUUAUUGCAAAUAAAGAAAUAAUUUGUUUGUUUCAAUACAAGCCUUGUUUCUUGUGUACGUGUAAAACAUUUGACUUCAGGAAAACAAGUAUAGCUCCACUUGAAGUAUAAGCUUAUCAUAUCAUGAAACAUGAAAUUAACGUUAAAUUCGUACAAUUUUUGCAUUUUUUAUACUAAUAGUAAUUUAGAUAUUUAGUUUGUAAAGUCUUUGGGCAAAUGUAUUGAAAAAACGAAAACUAGAAUGUGUUGAAAUGUAUGACUGCUUCAAUAUGGCAUAUCAAGAUAAACGAAACGCGCUUCAGUUGAAUAUAAAAGUAAACAGUGAAAACUUGUUACCGUAUCCACAGAAGUAUGCAGGCUCGUUACGUGUACCAGCUGAUCCAUCGUGGCCGAAAAUACCGCAACGUAAAUUAGUUGAUGAUAUCAGCGAUACUAUUGAACCUCCAUGUAUAAUCACUUUAUCUGGAUCAUCUAGAAGGAGUGGUACUGCGGUCCAGACACCGCUGAAUCAAUCUCCUAAAUCUGCAGAAACUAAGGGUAGCACAUAUUCCUGUUUUAAUCAUCAAAGUACACACACAUUAAAAAGACUACCUGGUUACGUCGAUCCUCGAUUUAAGAAAGUUACUAAUGUUAAAAGAAGUCAAGAUCUGACAGGGGAGAAGAGAAAUCAAGGCGAUGCUUUUAAUUCUGUAGAGCUUUCGCACAAUAAAGAAGCUAAGGAAGUAAUGCUACAGAAGGACAUAAAUAGACAUCAAAUAAAAGUACCAGAUAAAAAACAGUGUCAUGAUGCAAGAAAAAUAAAUGAACCGAAUGUAAAAGUGGAGCCGUCGUCAGCUCGACCUAAGAAACCUGAUGACAGUAAAAGUGUUCAUAUCAACGAGGAAUCAGUUUUAAAGGAAAGAAAUUGUGCAUGUGGCACAGAAUCAAAAAAUACAAGCCAUAUCUCAGAAAAAAUUGAUAAAAAUGAAAUGACAGGAAAGGAUAAAUGUAUGAAAAGUAAAAACUGCAGUAAACAUCAGUCAAAGACAUCAAUGAAUGAUGCAAAUACACAAGUGGAUGUAACUUCUUUGCCAGUCCAAGAAAGUAAUGGACAGUUGUUUUUCAUGCUAGACAAACAAUUACAAUCGCAUCCUUUAAAUACGAUUCAUCUUGAUACAAUUACUUUGCCUCAAGAAUAUUUAAAGCAAUGCUAUAAUGUGCAAGUCCCAAUUUUGACCUACCAAAACAUACCAAUGCCAAUACCUGCUGUAGGAACAAAUAGCGCAAUGCAACAAUGCUCAACUAAUUCUGAAUGCAAAAAUCAAAUUGAAAUUCCAUCUUUGUUAAACCAAGAAGAACAGAAGGUGCAUGUUUCUGAUAAAAAAUCAUUAACACAAGUUAAUCAAACAGUACUGGAACAAACUCAAAAUACAAAUGAACUCCAUGGCAAUGGUAAUAAUUACUUUCAAAAUUGUACUUCUAAAACUUUUAAUUGUUUUCAAUAUUAUUUCGUUUUAGAUGCUGAGAAUAAUGUUAUUGAGACGAAAUCUGUUUGCAAUAGUAAAACAAAGGGUGCAUUGACUACACAAGAUACUGUACCCUGUGAAAAUAAAGAGAACCUUACAAAACCAGAUUCAGAAAUAUUUAAAAAAUUAGAAAGUGCAAAAAUACAUCGAAAAGUACAUGAAUCUAGUGAUUCUGAAUAUUAUAUUCCAAGCAUUGCUAAAAAAAUUUUACCCACUAGCAGUGUACAAAAUACAAAUAUUAAAAGAAUCAUAUGCAACACAAGUGGAGGGGAGACAACAGAUUCUGAGUUUGUUCCACCUAAAAACAUUCAGAAAAAAGAAUUUACUGAUGUUAAUAUGCUCGCAUCAAAACGUCAUAAAAUUAGUGCAUACAACUAUGAACAACCAGUUCAAUCAAUACUCCAAUCGAGUAAACUUAUUUCUGCUGAAGAUAAAUCAUAUCAGGAACAUAAGAAAGUUAUGUACCAAACGAAAACAAGAAAUAAAUCAGAACAAAAUUUAUUUUGUUCAAAAAAUGAGUGUAUGAAGAAACUUUAUAGGAAUUCUGAGCCUCAUAUUACAUUUAAACAAAAAAAGGCAUCUGGGAAAUUUUCUAGGAAAGCAAGAUCCUAUUUCCAAAAAAAUUCUCACUGUGCAUUUGUGGAUUCUGAUUACACUUCAACGGGGCCUAAAUAUCAAUCUAAUAAGCAAAGAUAUAGUCAAACAAAUAUUCAAAAAUUUAGUAAUCAUAGAACGAAAAAAAUUGGUUAUCAUUCUAAUGCCAAACUGCCCGUUCAAGAAAACCGUACAAACGGACAAAAAGAAAAUAAUUUAAAUUCUAUUGAUCAGAAUGACCAAAAAUCAGAGGCAUGCCCGCAAAGUAUUAAGUGCAAGUGUGAUAUUUCCCCAAGAUCAAAUUCAAAUGAUAUGACUGAAAGUCCAAACCGGAUUCCUCCUAAAACUCAGGAAUUAUUAAAUAAAAGCUAUUGGGAAUAUUACAAUAAAUUAAAGCAUAAAAUAAAAGAUACUGGCAAUAUAGAGCAACAAUACCUGUAUCAACUAACAGUGGAUAGCCCAGGGAUUAGAAAAGAAAAACCAGAUGAAAUGCAUGGUAAGGAGUUCCAAAACCAGUUGAACUUGAAUCCUGAAUUCCAAACGUUGCAGCAAUGCUCUGCUUUAUCUAGUAUGAUCAAUAAAGCACUAGAUACAAAACAUCAAUCAAAUUGCAUGCAAAUUACGGAAUCAUCUACAAACCGUUUAAUUGAUGAACAAAAUGCUAGUAAAAGUAAUAAUGUUAUUCCAAACUGGACUAAUAGUAGUGAACCUCUGCUUCAUGAAAUGAAACAUAAAACAGGCAAUGAAAAUGAUAAACAAUACUUGGAACUUAAAUCUAUCAUCUUUUUUGGUGGUAUGAUGUAUAUCUUAGUAAUAUUUUUACCAAUGUUAUACGAUUAUUUCAAUCAUGAGGUGUACGAUGAUUAUGAAAACAUGAGCUACUUAGAAUGUAUAAUGGAUUAUGUUUUAUCAUCAUUCAAAGAAGCAUUUGGUGGUAUUUUCAAUAGUGUAAAACAAAUUCUUUUCUAUCCACCUGCAUGUAAGAAAUGCAAUAAUAUUGCAUAAAUUAACGAUGAUCACCGUGCCAUAUACAAGCUUAAAAAUAUUAUAUUACGGUUUGUUCUUUCUCUAUUUCUUGAUACUUGCUUUUUGUAGAAGACAAAUAUUUUUAUAAUUGCAUCUGCACAUGUAUACUUACAUUUUUAUACGUGUUUACAAUUAAAAUUUUCUUUAAACAUCAUUUAUUUUUAACAAUUACUGAGCUAUGUAAUAUUAUAAUGCCAUAUAAUAUUCAUUUCAUCGUUCUUCCGAAAUAAAACGUUCAUUUUCAAAUUAAGUAUCGGUUAUGCUCUGAAAACUUCGCGCAGGAAACGAAUGGCGGUAAUGUUUGAAUUCAUAAUCGAGUAGCUACGAAAGGAGCUAUUAAUUUUCACAAGUUCUCUAACUAUUUCAAAUUCCUUAGAGCAACGAAAUAUACUAUUUCAUUUGAAGUCCAUAUUUUACUGAAUUUCCAUUUUAAAAUAAUACAUUUGACAUCGCGGCAUUCUCAUUUACAUUAAAUUUCUUCAGUUCCAAAUUAAAUUAACGGAAAAAUAAUUCGGUAUCCCGAAGAACUUGCGAGAAUCAACAGCUUACCGAUGGCCAUCUGGCGAUACACAAUUGUAUCACAGACGAUAACAGCGUCAUCGGUAUACGAAAAGUAGAAACACAAUUUACCCGCAUACUACAAAGGAACUGUACGCACGUUGAGUUCGGUCAUUUCGCCUGGUGAUCCCGAGCGAGUACCUGCGGGGAAGCCCCUGUUCGAAUAUCGGUGCCAGAAGACAGUGUGCGACCACUACUCGUAUUCUAAUCGGAUUAUUAAUUACCAU